UUCUUUCUUUUUCCAUUACCCUGCUGCUAAAAGACAGCUAACCUUAUAAAGCGAAAAAUGGUGGUUAUUACCCCGAGAUCGAGUCUCUCUGUGUUUUUUAAUUAAUCUCUUCUAGGAGGAAGGGUUUUUAAUCUUUUGUUCUGGUAAAUGCUGCUAAUAAUUAGUUUGUAUCGUUCAUCAUCUUUCCUCCCAUGGGAAAGAAAGAAGGAAAUUCAUGGUUAACCGCUGUCAAAAGAGCUUUUAGAUCUCCUACAAAGAGUAAGAAUGACAAAAAUGGUAAAAGAAGAGAAGACCACGAGGACGAGGAAGAAGAAGAAAAGAAAAGAGAGAAACGAAGAUGGAUCUUCAGAAAAACUUCAAAUCCUGAACCAGUACUGAUGCAACAAAACCAACCACAACUUCAAUCUGAACCAGCUAAGAGCAUUGCAACAACAUCGACAACGGUUUCCACAACUGCACAGCAACUAACAAACCAUGUACCAGCUUAUGAAAGUAAAGUUGCCGAUGAAAGACACGCCAUUGCGGUGGCGGCAGCGACGGCAGCAGCAGCAGAAGCAGCGGUAGCAACAGCCCAAGCAGCGGUACAAGUUGUUAGAUUAACUAGACCACCUAAUUUUUCCAGAGAAACUUAUGCUGCUAUAAUGCUCCAAACAGCUUUCAGAGGAUAUCUGGCAAGAAGAGCUCUAAGAGCGUUAAAAGGGCUAGUAAAGUUGCAAGCAUUAGUAAGAGGACAUAAUGUAAGAAAGCAAGCAAAAAUGACUUUAAGAUGUAUGCAAGCUCUAGUUAGAGUUCAAGCUAGAGUACGAGAACAAAGAAUUAGACUUUCUCAAGAUGAAAUAAUGAGUAGAAGAUCCACCAUUAGUGAAUCAAAUAGUCUAUGGGAUUCUCGAUAUUUCCAAGAUAUUGUUGAAAGGAAAUCUACUACUUCUAGAGAUGGAAGUAGUACCAUUCCGGAUGAUUGUGAUGAUCGACCGCGUCCUCUUGAUGAAAUGCAAGCUAUGUUGUUUUCUAAACAAGAAGCUGCAGCUUUUAAACGCGAAAAAGCCCUGUCUUAUGCUUUCUCUCAACAGUUCUGGAGAUCUGGGAGAAACUCAUCAAUUGGAAAUGAAGAAGAACUGAAUCAAGAAAGACCACCAAAAUGGUUGGAUAGAUGGAUGGCAGCUAAACAAUGGGAAAGUAACAGAGGAAGAUCAUUGACUGAUCAAAGGUCAGAUUCCAUUAAAACAGUUGAAAUUGAUACUUCAAGACCUUAUUCUUAUAUUCGAAGAUCACAACAACAGUUUCAUCACAAUAAUAAUCAUCACCCUUAUCCUCAUCAUCCUAACCAACAACCAAAUUUACAGUCAAAUGCUUCACCACUUCAUAGAACAUCUCAUCAUCAUCAUCAUCCUAAUUAUUACUCACUAAAUGAAUCCCCUGUAACACCUUCUCCCUCAAAAUCAAGGCCUAAUUUGCAAGUUCGUUCCGCUAGUCCACGUUAUAUCAAAGAAGAAAAUAGAAAUUACCCAACAUUACCACAAACCCCAAGCUCCAAUUUCUACCACAGUGCUGGGGGCAACCCCCACCACCGAAAUAGCAGUGGUUCUGGUUCAAUUCCGAAUUAUAUGGCAGCAACUGAAUCAGCUAAAGCGAGAAUUAGGUCACAAAGUGCACCAAGGCAAAGACCAUUAACACCAGAAGGAGGAGGAGAUAGGAUCAAUGGAUUAUCAGCAAAGAAACGAUUAUCGUUCCCAGUUCCUCCACAAGACCCUUAUAGCAGCAAUAGGUUUGGUUUAGGUAGUCAUCAACAAUUAAGGAGCCCGAGUUUUAAAAGUGUUCACGGUGGAAUUCAUUAUGGUUUAGAACAAAAUUCAUGUGUCUUCUUGUACUGAUAGUUUUUAUGGUGGUGUUAGUGUUGGCGGUGGUGAAAUUUCUCCUUCCAGUACUAGUGAUCUUAGAAGAUGGUUAAGGUAGUUUUGAAAUUUUAGCGGUUAAUUUAGUGAAGAACAUUUUUAAUUUACUGAUAUUAUGCUUUCAGCUUCCCAUGUUUUAAUGUAUUUCUUCUUCUGUGUGA